AUGCCCCUCAACUACGCGAGGCCAGCAACCGCGGGAGAAUGGGCUGGGGGUGCCGCCGCCGCCGCUUGUGGAGCUUAUCACGAGGACGCCGAAAGCCUCGAUUCACUUCUUUUCCAUAUAUCAACACUAUGGGCUGCGACCUGUAACUUUGCUGAGAGCAACAGGCUUGGUGAAGGAGGUUUUGGUGCAGUUUAUAAGGUCUGGCAGCACUGGACUACGGACACCGUUGAGGAGAUAUUAGAUUCAGCUCUGAGAGGUGAUGCUCCUGGACGCCAGAUACUGAAGUGUGUCCACAUUGGGCUGCUGUGUGUUCAGAGUAACCCAGAUGAUAGUCCGAUGAUGUCAACGGUAAAUGUCAUGCUUAGCAGCAGCAAUGUGUCUCUUAGUGCUCCAUUGAAGCCAGUAUUUUUCAUCCCCCAAAGCGGAGUCUACUCAGCCAUAGAUUCAGAAACACAUCCCACUGCUUCCCAGUCCAUUGGUAGAUCAGGGGCGUUGUCAGGAAACGAAGUGUAA